AUGGAUAACCUGAACGAAUCUUUCGAGACUACUUUUGAAAUUGCAGAGGGGAGCCUCCAACUCGGCAAGGACCGCCCUCGACCACUCGAUCGGAACAAUGUUGUUGAGAGGGAAGCUGGUCACGCAGGGUUCAGAGCGACAGUCCAUCGCGUUCAGUAUGGCACAUGCCACGGCCAGAGGGCAUGCCUCGUCACGUUCAACUACGCCUUCCGCUGGCCGGCCAGCCAGUCUCGCCGUUUUCGGUCUGCGCGGAUCACUGUGUAUUUUGGGUCAGAGGUGGGCACGAAAGACAACAGUGACUACAACAGUGACGGCGAUGAUGAUGACGACGCAAGUGAUAAGAAUGAGCCCAGCAUCGUCUAUCUCGUCCCGGCGCUGGUCUACGGCGAGCCGAAGGUCCGAAGGGAGGAGACGAUGUGGAACUGGAAGCUGCCCAUCUCCGUACAGCCACCGGGAGGAGGGCCGUCCGGGGGCAUGACCAUAGAGAGAGAAGUCAAGGCUGCGAUUGACCGAGAGAUGCGCAUGAGGGUCUGCGGGGUGAAGAAAAGCUCGAAUUACUCGGAUAUCGACGACAUUGCCGAGUGGACUAUCACAGAAAACUCGGCUCAGCUAGACGGCAUCCCUCCGUACUUCCAGGCAGCCGUUGUCCUGCGCUGGCCAGCAAACAGCGAUCGCGUCAUGGCUAGCGUUGUGGUGGAGCCGGAGUUUGACUUCUCCUUCUCCAACAUGUGGUAUUCAUACAGGCUACACCAGCGCCGGAGGGAUCCAAUCUGCUUCGAUGGCAAGACUUCCAAGGGAGAUCCCAUCGACACGGGCAAGGAUUUCAGCGACACAUCGUUCCAAUGGUCUGCGGCGAUUUCAGUGCCUACCGAGUAUGGGGUAUGGAUUACAGCCCCUUUCUCCCCUUAUCACUACUAG